GCCCCAAAGUAAAGGAAGAUGACGUCAGACGCACACUGUGCGUGCCCUGUUUCUGUGGAGAGGAGCCACGAAGCAUCUAGCACCUCAGAUAAACACACUAAACAGGUGUGUGUUGGGCCAGCACAGCCAUUUCAGGAGGCCACAGAAGGCACGUCUCUCCCUUUCAACAAGUUUCAACAUGUCUGAGACAUACGACUUCCUGUUCAAGUUUCUGGUUAUUGGCAGUGCUGGAGCAGGGAAGUCCUGUCUUCUUCACCAGUUCAUAGAGAAUAAAUUCAAGCAAGACUCCAACCAUACCAUUGGAGUAGAGUUUGGUUCCAGGGUGGUGAAUGUUGGAGGAAAGACUGUAAAACUACAAAUAUGGGACACCGCAGGGCAAGAGCGCUUUCGGUCUGUGACCCGUAGCUACUACAGAGGAGCAGCCGGAGCUCUACUUGUCUAUGACAUUACCAGCCGCGAGACAUACAAUGCUUUGACCAACUGGCUGACAGACGCACGGACACUGGCGAGCCCUAACAUUGUCAUUAUCUUAUGUGGCAACAAGAAGGACCUGGAUGCAGACAGAGAGGUGACCUUCCUGGAGGCUUCUCGCUUUGCUCAGGAAAAUGAGCUGAUAUUCUUGGAAACAAGUGCUUUGACUGGAGAAAAUGUGGAGGAGGGAUUUUUAAAAUGUGCUCGCACCAUUCUCAACAAGAUAGAUUCAGGUGAGUUAGACCCAGAAAGGAUGGGAUCCGGUAUUCAGUAUGGAGACGCUUCACUGAGGCAGCUAAGACAGCCAAGGAACACAGCCACCCACAAUAAACAACAGUGUAGUUGCUAGGGAAGGGAGGCAGACCUCAACUCAGCCCCAGGCCCACACAGACCGGACGCCCCCUACAGCUCGAGGUGAUUUAGGGCUGGGUUUGAGGGCCUUCUACUCCAACUGGGAUCAUAUGGACUGGUCAGUGCAGCCCAGGCACCCUGCACUAAAUGUUCUAGGGUGUCAUGGCUGUGUGGAGAGCGCCCUGACAUUUAAAAAAUAUGCUUAUUUCUGCUUUGCACAUGUUUUCUAUUUAAAUUAUCAACAAUUAAGCAAUUCAUUUGGAUUUCUUCUUUUCUUUUCUUUUUUUCUUUUUUACCUGAGAUGUAAACUCCCUGUGUCCUAAAAUGAUGUACGUGUUUGCAAGUUGAGACAAAUUCUGAGAAAGUACAACAUGACAAUUUCUUGAAAUUGAUCUCUUAAUAGCUGCAAAAGUUAGCAGUUUGCUGCACAGAGUUUUUGUUCAAAGUCUGGUCUAUGUAGAUCAAUUAAAUAAAUGGAAAAACUCCCAACUGGAGAGACAUGCUGUUUAUCAGAAGUACAAAUCAUGAACACUGGAUCCGCACAUUAUGAAAACAAUCAGAAAAACAACUAUGUGAACAGUGUGUUUUGAUAAAUGAUUAGUUCAGUGUCCCUUGGAAAGUGUAUGAGUGAUUAAAAGCACAAAAAUAUGAUUUUGGUUUCCUGCUGAGAACUACCAAUGUUUGCACUUUUAUAACCAACUUUUACCCAGAGACCUCCUAAAUGGCAGUGCUAUAUGCAAACACGGUAUACAUAACAGGAAACCAAAUUGGGUUAACCCCAGUGCCAUUUUGAAAUGUUUUUCCACCUGCCCUGCUCCUUUGGAUUGUUUUUUAACAGUGAGUUUGCAAAACCUUUCAACCAAACACUGAGGGCUUGUGGCACUUGAGUCCAAUGCACUGCUAUUGUCUAAGUCACUGAAGGCAGGAUUUACAGACUUAAAAUCCAAAUGAAAUGCAAUUCCACACAAUAUUGCUGGUAUUCUGGCGCUCUUUCGGCAAGUGCACUUUUAUUAUUUUUUAUUGUGUUCAAUUUUUACGCUGUAAGUAUAGGAUUGUAAAUUGUUAUUUUACUUGAACUGUAAUAUUAAUAAAGAGUGUAAGUGUA